UAUUGCUUUAGCAAAGAGUAUGUUUCCUCUAUAUAAGUUGGGCAGAAUUCUCAUUUGAAUAUUCAUCUUUGUCAAUCUUUAUUAUUAUUGUGCUUUGAAAAAAUCAUGGAAGGAUCGUCAAGCUCUAACAUAAUGGAUAAUCAAAGGUUGCCACAACAUGAAAAUGUGACUAAUGUCUCUUUGCCUCCUGCUGAAUAUGAAGUCCCAAAUCCUCAUGGAGAUGAUCUAACUCUAGAUCGUGAGACUAGAAUACGUUUACUAAAUCGAGGAUACUCCAAAAAGUAUAGGCAGAGAAAGAAUUGUGACAUUGAAAAUCUGGAAGACAAACAAAAUACACUAUCUGAAACAAUACGUAAAGAAAUUCCAAUGUCUAAGGUUUACACAAACUUUAAUUCUGUUUUUAAGACUGAAGUUAACACAUCGGAAGAAACAUUAUCUCAAGUCAAUUCAAAUGAUGAGGUUCUAAAUGUUGAGAUGAAUAUGGUGAUCAAUAAAUUGGAGCAGGUGAAAUUAUCCAAAAAAGCAACUGAAGUAGAGUUUGAUAAGAAGAAGAAAUUCUUAGGAAAAUGAAAUGGAGCAACUUAAUGAAGAAGUUUAUAUAUAAAUAUUAUGGCAUAAAAGGGUUCAUUUAGUAUGUGCAUUAUUAAUUAAUAUAAUAAAAAUCUCUAUCAUUAUGAAUAUUUAUUAUUGUAUGAAUUUAUAUGGAAAUAAGAGAUAAUGAAUUUCUAACCUUUA